AUGAGUGCUGCUGCACCACCCGGUGGUGACCAAAACCGUGGCCCGGCUCUGGUGGCUAUAUACUGGACUGAGUCUGCAUUUGCCACUAUUGCAGUCCUUCUUCGUCUCUAUGGCAGGAGACUGAUUCGCAAUUUUGGCGCUGAUGACUACGUUAUGGUCUUUGCGCUGGCCUUAUUCCUCACACUAGCCGCUUUCGUCACCUAUCUUGCUUCUAUUGGAGGCUGUCGUCAUCUGUACUAUCUCUCAACGGCGCAACAACUGCAGGCUGUAAAGUAUAACUGGAUCACCCAAACCUGGGGAAUUGCUGGGUUUGCAGUUGGCAAGAGCUCGGUCGCCUUGCAAAUCAUACGUAUUUUAGGCCCGAACGACCACUGGAUAAAAUGGACAUGCUGGGUUCUCAUCGGUUCUACAUCGCUCUUCUGCGGGCUGGACUGCCUCUUUGGCUUCGUACAGUGUAAUCCUCCCCGCGCACUGUGGGAUCCCUCGGUAGCACAAAACUGCUGGGACACAAGUGUACAGGCAGAUUUUGCUAUAUUUAUCUCAGCCUGGAAUGUAAUGGCCGACUUAAUCCUGGCCGCACUCCCCAUCCCCAUCAUCUGGCGAACGUCUCUCACCCUCAAGCAACGCAUUGCCACAUGUACUCUCCUUGGCCUUGGUCCAGUAGCCGCAGCCUGUGGCCUUGUCAAAAUCCAAUUCCUUGCCGGUCUUACGGAUCGCUCCGACCUAACCUGGCAAACAUAUAACCUUUAUGUCUGGUCUGGCUCCGAACUCUUCGUCAUUAUAAUCUGCGGCUGCAUCCCUCCUAUGCGUCCUAUUUUCACACAUUUCUUUGGGCGGGAAAAGACAUUGUUCACAGGAUACUAUGACUCCAACUUCAGUGGCCGUCGCAAGAAUAAGCAUAAUAUAUUGGGGUCUACUGACCUAGACCAAAGUCAAAAUCAGGAUGAUGAUACUGAAGCAUUACGCUCUGAUAUUCAGCAGGGCUUGCCUACCAACCGAAGCUCGAACGAUGAUGCCAUUUAUCUCGAAACUCGAACACCCGUGGGUGUUGAACGAAAUUUAUAA